ACGCCCGGAGCGUGGGCGCGCAGGCAAAGCUACGGCCCAGAAGUUUUGGCGACGAGCUGGAGUCGCCUGGCGCCGAGAGAGUGCACGGAACUCGCACUGGGAUUGUUUGGCGAAAGGAAUCUACCUGCUGUCUUCGAGGACACCGAGUAGCCACUCCCCAGUGGUUUUGGCCAAGGCUGCUCCUGUAG